AUGGCGACUUUUAUAGUUCUAUUUUAUUGUUUAUUGUUUACUCAAAAUGUGAACGCAUUUUUACUUGACGAUAAGACUACUCCAUCACAGAAUGUGGUAGCAGCCCACCAGUACAGUGCACUAAUGGGAUUACUUACAGACGAAAUGAAAGCUCGAAAACAUCUAGAAGAGGUGGUGACGCAAUUAAACACAGAAGUCAUUUCGAAGACUUUAAACAUAACCAAUAACUUAGGUCAAGCCAACUUGAUAAUAGCCGAUUUACAAACCAAGCUACAAAACAUGGAAAACAAGCUAGAACAGAGUGUUCAACAACAAAAAAUGGAAAAUGCUGCUCUUCAUCAAAGUGUUUCCAGUCUUCAAAAGGUCAACUCGAUCAUUCAGCGAAAUAAUUCAUUCAUUCAGCAGCAAUAUUCUAUGCUUUUACAAAAUUAUUCUACGUUACAAGUAGAGCAUGAUGAUUUCAAAAAUAAACUUAUAAAACAUGAGAACAAGUCAAUAGAAAUGGCAACGGAGAUUACGGCAUUUAAAACGGACAUUCAAACGUUAAAACAUCAGGUUCUUACACUAACUACAAACCAAUCUGCACGAGGACGAGACUUUCUCGCGCUUUACAAUCAGACUCUAGAAUUUAGGUCAGACAUUGCACGUGAUAUUUUAAAUCUGUCCAGCCAUUCUAAUGAUUCAAUUGAUGAGCUUUUUAAUCACCUUCAAAACGCACAUGGUACUACAUAUGUAAGAUGGUCAAGAAAGCAGUGCCCAGAUGAAAAUAAUACGGAAACUGUAUAUUCAGGGUAUACAGGAGGUGGAUCUUAUAAUGAUUACGGGGCUGCUCCAGAACCAGUUUGUCUGCCGUUAGAUCCUGACUUUAACAAAACCAGCGAUGGACACUACGCCAGUAUACACGGAGCUGAAUUUGACAGCAACUUCUUUGCAUCGGAUAGUGCUCAUCAGGACAUACCAUGUGCUGUCUGUAGAGUGCAGCAGGCAUCUAGUGUUAUAAUGAUACCAGGAAAGAACAUAUGUUAUACAGGUUGGAACAUGGAGUAUAAUGGUUAUCUGUCAACAAAUGCUUAUAACGAGCACGGUGCCAGCUCGUAUAUCUGUAUAGAUAUAGAACCUGAAUAUGUAACUGGCGGAUCCACAUGGAAACACGAUGGUAAACUCUUUUACGAAGUGGUAGCUAAAUGUGGAUCACUUCACUGUCCACCUUACCAUAAUGACUACCCAAUGACAUGUGUUGUUUGUUCAAAAUAA